ACUAGACCGCAAGAGUUAGUGUUGCCGAUGAGGCGGUAUGUUUUGCUUAGAUUGAAAGAGAUCUAAGAUUGUAGUACAAACAAUUUGAAAAAGCACCCAAAAACAUCUGAGUGAUGACAGCCUCUCUUUGGUCUUUCACUCUCACAGGUUUCUUGUUGCAUUUUUUUGGGUCUUCCCCCGCUUUGCUUUUACUCUUUUGCACUUAUGAGAAUUGAAAUUAUACACAACAUUUUCAACUAUUUCUCGUGAUUCCUCUCCAUUUUAACCUUCAACCUUCACAUUUUUCUCUCUCAUAUUUCACAUCUUCUUUAAUUCAACUCUUUCAAUACCUUUUCUUUCAUUUCUUAUAAACCCUAAUUUCCCUGUUUCUUCAACUCCCAUCUAUAAAUAAAGAUUUCUACUUUCUGUUGUUGGGGUCUGUAUAUCUGGCGAUUUUUGAUGUUGGGUUCGUAUACAUGUUCCUGAACCGCUGGAUGUUCCCUGUGUCUCCGUUUGAAUUGAUAGAAUUAGCUGUUGUUGCAGUUCUAUCUAAGAGACACAGCUAUUUGUUCUAGCAAUCCUGAGUUCAAUAUGAUGGAAGAACUUGCUGGAUUUCAUUUUGCAUUACUCUUGCUUCUUGUACCUAGUUAUCUUCAAGGUACUUCAUCUGAGCUGGGUUAGUUUUGAGAAAUCUUGCUGUAGUUUCUUGCCAUUUUUGUAGACGUGGAUGAUUGCAUCAAAGAUGGAUACUUUGGCUGGCAAUUGCGAAAUUGUAGAGGUCGAGGAAGAAUUUAAUUUGAAUGACAAAGUGAAAAAGCAUUACAUGUCUAGGCAAGGACGUGUUUAUUCCAUUGAAGAUGACAUCAAUCAGCUAUUCGACUCUGUCAAUAUUAAGACUUCAAUAAAAGGGAAAGCUUUACAAAGGAGUUCUAUGAAACGGCCCAUGAGGACUAAUUCUCCGCAAGCAUUGGGUAUUGGAAUUUCAGAAACAGUAAAUCUGAAGAAGGCACUGAGAGGAUUAAGUCUCUCACAAGCAUCGGAGAUGGCUGCCUUGAAAAAACGGACUCAGAAACCAAGAGGUUCAUCUGGGAUUUCAGAUGUGGGACAAAGUAACCGGUUACAUAAGACAGUAGUAGUCCAAGCAAAGGAAUCUAGUCUACCAACAAGCGAAGGCAAAAGAAGUCUUGUCGAGAUCUCUUUUCCUGGUAAAGUUAUGGCCAAUCUCUCUGAGACAAUACCUGAAUUCGUCGAAGUAACUUCUCCGGGUUCAUCAAAUCAGACUCGCAACCCUUCCACUCUGUUUACUCAGACAGAAGUGACAAAGAUGAAGAUGGUCAAAGUACCAUCACAGGAUAAGAUUGUUCCUUUGGCAUCAGAAGCCAUAAGUGAAAAGUCUAGUACAGAGCAGGUUCAGAAAAAUAAGCCUAAGUUGCUGGGAUCUUUACAGGGAAUGCGUACUAUUAAGAAUGUUUUAGAGGUAGAUGAAUUAGGUAUUGCUGGUUCAGAUAAGGAUCAGAGUCAGACAGACGUGUUGGAUAGAGAGUCGUGUCGAGGUAGUGGUGGCAUUGGUGAGAAAUUUAAGAAUACAAGAAGUAGCAGACCGCGAUUAAAGCAAGUAUUUUGGAACAAGACUUUAGUUAAGAGGAAAGUAAAGGCAGAAUCUGAAUUUAUCUCUUGCAAAUCUCAUGCAACUACAGGAAUUGUUAAUACAGACGACCCCAGGACUAGGGAGCUGAUUGGUAAAGCAAGCAACAUUUGUUUGAAGGAUGAGGCUAAAACAAAUGUGAAAAUAACUCCAGCGUCUAAUAGUGAAAGUGGUCUUGAUACAAGAGUGAAUCAGGUAUUUGUUGCAAAAGUUAAUGACGUUCCGGGUGAUGAAAUUGGUAAAGCUGGUGGAAGAUCAAGAUCCGGGGAGAAGGGGGAGUUCUCUCAAAGUUCGAAAAGUAGUAUCGGUGAGUUUAGCAGUAGCACAAGUGAAGAGAGCAGUACAAGCGGGUCUAGCCGUUGUUGUAGCAGGCCACAUAUGUCAAAAGACACAAGAUGGGAAGCUGUUCACUGUGUCCAGAAGCAGCAUGGAUUCUUGAGUUUGAGACAUUUUAAGCUGCUGAAGCGGCUUGGUUCUGGGGACAUUGGAACUGUCUAUCUUGCAGAGCUAGUGGGCACAAAGUGCCUGUUUGCUUUGAAAGUGAUGGAUAAUGAAUUUUUAUCUCGGAGGAAAAAGUUGGUUCGAGCCGAAACAGAAAGAGAUAUCCUGCAAAUGUUGGAUCACCCUUUUCUUCCUACAUUGUAUGCCCAUUUUACAACAGAUAAGCUUUCAUGCUUGGUUAUUGAGUAUUGUUCUGGUGGGGAUUUACAUGCUAUCCGGCAGAAGCAACAGAAGAGGUGUUUCUCAGAACAUGCGGCUAGGUUUUAUGUCGCGGAAGUUCUCCUGGCAUUGGAGUACCUUCACAUGCUUGGAAUUGUGUAUCGGGACUUAAAGCCUGAAAAUAUCCUGGUUCGAGAAGAUGGGCAUAUAAUGCUAUCUGAUUUUGACUUGUCUCUCAGAUGUGUUGUCAACCCAAUGCUCUUCAAAUCCUCUUCACCCAUUAUUGAGCCUGCAAAGAAGAUAUCUUCGGGUAUGUGCUCUGAAUCUAGCUGCAUUGAUCCAUUUUGCCUCCAACCAUCUUGGCAGAUGUCAUGCUUUACCCCGAGGCUUUUAACUGCUACAUCUAAAACCCGGAAGCUCAAAUCCGACCAAGCUCUUCAGUUUAGUCCAUUGCCACAGCUUGUAGCAGAACCAACUGAAGCUCGCUCCAAUUCCUUUGUUGGGACUCAUGAAUACUUGGCUCCCGAGAUUGUCAAAGGAGAUGGUCAUGGGAGUGCUGUUGAUUGGUGGACAUAUGGGAUAUUCUUAUACGAGCUUUUAUACGGUAAGACACCAUUCAAAGGAUCAAGUAAUGAAGAGACGUUAGCCCAUGUGGUAUCACAGCCCCUCAAAUUCCCAGACACCCCUUUAGUUAGCUUCCAUGCCAAGGAUUUGAUUAGAGGGCUGUUAAAUAAACAACCACAGAAUCGUCUGGGAUUUGUCAGAGGGGCUGCUGAAAUAAAGCAACACCCUUUUUUCGAAGGCUUAAACUGGGCUUUGAUACGCUGUGCUGUACCACCAGAACGACCUAGGUUCCGUGAUGUUGGUAAGGGUCUCUUUUCAAGCAAGAAAGAUUCUAAAAACUCUUUGGGAGUUGAGAGCAGCGAGCUUAUUGAGUUUGAGCUAUUUUAGCUAUUAUCCUACUGUGAGGUAGUUAGGUAUCUCAUAUAUGUAACACAUGCAUAGCUCCUAAUGUAAAUGUAAGAAAUUAGCUUAAAAUGAUCUUCCUUGUUUCAUGCA